CUUUUCAAAUUUAUAAUAACAAAAACAAACUUACAUCCUUCGUAAAAAAAAAAAAUCGUAUUUUGAGAGUUGAAUGGGGCAAUAACCACUAACACAAACAUGGGCCUCUCGGCCGUCACUGUAAAUUGCGGUUUUUAAAAUUAAAUAUGAUUUCUAAAAUUUUAACGAGAGAAAAAUUAUAUGACUAGAUAUAAGUUAUAACAUGUUACGUAUAGAUGCAAUUGAGAAAUAAUCAAAAUGAUGUUAACAAUUUAACUUACCUUUUCUUAUUGUCACUAUUAAAUCUAAUGGUUUAGCGACCAUUUUCUAUCGUUUCGCGACGACAUCUCGAUCAUGGCCAAAAUUUCUUUUAGCUGGUCGAGUUAAAUCCUAUGACAUAUGAAGUUUAAGUAGCACGUUUCAGUAGCACAACACAACAAAAGCAUGUGCAACAAUGCAAGUGAAUCCGAUGAAAGACAAUGAUUAAUAUUAGAGCUGUGACGAUUUAAUAUCUGACAUCAAGAACAAAUCAAUUUUGAUACUAUAUUAUACAUUAAUUGAUCACAAUAACUCGAGUUGUUGGAAAAGAUCUAUAUAUAUAUAUAUUAAUCACUUUCUUUCAUCAUGACAAUGGUGAAGCAGAACCUCUCCAACCAAUCUUACUCUCUCAUGAAGCAACCAUGCUUACUAUUCCCUUUUCAUGGCCAAGGCCAAACCCAAAGAAUUGAACAUCUAUCUGUUAGUAAACGAUAUAUGAUCCACGAUUGAACCUCUCCCAACAACUCGAGUUAUUGGGAGCAACUGGUUCUUGACAUGGUAUCAGAGCCUUCUAUAACCUCUCCCAACAAUUCGAGUUAUAUGACCUCUCCCAACAACUCAGUGUCAAGAACCAGUUGCUCCCAAUAACUCGAGUUGUUGGGAGAGGUUCAAUCGUGGAUCAUAUACCACAACACUAACACUUGACACUAUUGUGACUUGUGAUCAACAACUAUAAAAAAAAAAAAUAUAACUGGUCAUCAGAAUUCGAAUACUCACACACACCACUUCUCGAGCAUGAAAUUAACUCGUGCCUUAUUGACAUUAUGAAGCAAUUUCAACAUGCUUUAAUUUCUUCUCUUCCCACCCUUUCCAUACAUCUAUAUAUAACCAUACUUAUCAGACAACUUAUCUUAUAUACUUCAACACCACACCCACACAAACUCAAUCGUUUAGUGCCAAAGUCGAACAACAACAACAACAGCAACAAAAACUAAGUUAAGAAUCAAGAAUUCAAGAGUACCAUGCUGAAGCAAAACAUACCCAACCAAAUUUUCUCCCUGCCCAACAAGCCCUUCUUCCAUGGAAGCAACAGCCAUUUUCACCAUUCCCUUCUUUCCAUCUCCAAGCCCAGACCCAAAACUACUCACCACGCAAGAACCCGACGUCGUCGUUGUAGGGCUGCCAGUGAUACAACGUCGAACAAGCUCGAGGAUGCCAGCGCCAUAGCCGAUUAUCUCAUACACGAGAAGCCCAUAAAAGUGAAGGCCGUGGUGACCGUGAAGCAAACCAUGACCGCCAUGUUCACGGGCAUCGGGAUUGAGCGAGGAAUCGAUGACAUCCAAGACCUUCUCGGCAAAACCCUCCUCUUGGAGCUCGUCAGCUCCGAGUUGGACCCUAAGACGGAGCUGGAGAAGCCGACGCUCCAGUCCUUCGCGCACAAGGGAGGCGGCGGGAAGGUCGUCGACGGCGAGGUGAGGUACGAGGCGGAGUUCGAGGUGCCGGCGGAGUUCGGGGCGGUGGGAGCCAUCGUCGUGGAGAACGAGCACCACAAGGAGAUGUUCCUGAGGAACAUAGUUUUGGAGGGUUUCCCAAAUGGUCCCGUUAGUUUUGCUUGCGACUCUUGGAUCCACUCCAAGUUCACUGAUAAGCGGAAGAGGGUCUUCUUCACCAGCAAGUCGUACUUGCCCCAGAGCACGCCAGCUGGGCUCGUGGGCCUGCGGGCGGAAGAGCUGGUCACUUUGCGAGGAAAUGGGCUCGGCGAGCGGCAGCACGGCGAACGGGUUUACGACUACGACGUCUACAACGACCUCGGCGAUCCCGACGCCGACCAGGCGCUGGCCCGGCCGUCCCUCGGCGGCAAGGAGUUCCCCGCUCCUAGACGGUGCCGUACUGGUCGCCCCCGUUGUGAAUCCGACCCGUCGGCGGAGAAAAAGACGCGGGAUUUCUACGUCCCGCGGGACGAAGAGUUCUCGGAGGUGAAGCAACUGACGUUCUCGGCCAAGACCCUCUACUCCUUGUUCAACACGCUGAUCCCGUCGCUGGGGAACGUGUUCGUCGACGCCGAUCUAGGGUUCCAUCACUUCAAGACCAUCGAUUCCCUCUUCAGCGUAGGGUUCGAAGUGCCCGAGCUCUCCAAAGAAGGGUUCUGGAACGCCCUCCUGCCUCGCCUCUUCGCCGGCACCGGCAACGUCAUGCGGUUCGAGCCCCCCGGCGCUUUGGAAAGGGAUAAGUUUUUCUGGAUGAAGGAUGAGGAGUUUGCGAGGCAGACGCUUGCUGGACUCAACCCAUAUUGUUUGCAAUUGGUCACGGAGUGGCCAUUGAAGAGCAAGCUUGACCCCGAAAUCUAUGGUCCACCGGAAUCAGCAAUCACCACUGAACUCAUCGAAUCGGAAAUUGGAGGGAUUAUGACUGUUAAAGAGGCAAUUGAAAGGAAGAAGCUGUUCAUCCUGGAUUAUCACGACAUCCUGUUGCCAUUUGUGAGCAAAGUCAGGGAACUCAAGGGCACGACUUUAUACGGGUCGAGGACCAUCUUCUUUCUCACUCCCGAAGGCACAUUAAGGCCGCUGGCCAUAGAGCUCUGUCGCCCUCCCAUGGACGGGAAGCCCGAGUGGAAACAUGUGUACAGACCGUGCUGGAAUUCCACAGGUUGUUGGCUCUGGAGGCUAGCAAAGGCACAUGUGCUUGCUCACGAUUCUGGCAUUCACCAGCUCGUUAGCCAUUGGCUAAGAACACAUUGCGCUACUGAACCAUACAUCAUAGCGACGAAUCGACAGCUUAGUGUGAUGCAUCCCAUUUACAGAUUACUCCAUCCUCACUUCAGAUACACAAUGGAGAUCAACUCCCUCGCUCGAGAAUCACUCAUCAAUGCAGGCGGUAUCAUUGAAUCAUCAUUUUCACCUGGGAAAUACUCCUUAGAGAUCUGCUCAGCUGCAUACGAUCAGCUCUGGAGAUUCGACUACGAAGCGUUACCUAAAGACCUCAUACACAGGGGAAUGGCUGUCGAAGACAAGACCGCACCCCACGGCCUGAAACUCACGAUAGAGGACUACCCUUUCGCAAACGAUGGCCUCGUUCUAUGGGACACAAUCAAAGAGUGGGUCACCGACUACGUCACUCACUACUACCCAGAGCCAGACCUCGUGGAGGCCGACUCAGAGCUCCAAGCAUGGUGGACAGAGAUACGAACCAAGGGCCACGCAGACAAGAAGAACGAACCAUGGUGGCCACAGCUCGAGACCUCCAACGACCUCAUCGAAAUCCUCACCAUCAUUAUCUGGGUGGCUUCAGGGCACCACGCCUCGGUGAACUUCGGACAGUAUGCAUUUGCAGGUUACUUCCCUAACAGGCCAACCAUAACCAGAAUCAAGAUGCCGAACGAGGAUCCAACCGAAGAAGAAUGGAAGUUCUUCCUGAAAAAACCUGAGGCCGUGCUUCUAGCCACCUUCCCUUCGAAGCUGCAAGCCACGAGAGUGAUGGCCGUGCUUAACGUGCUGUCGAAUCAUUCCCCCGACGAGGAGUACAUUGGAGAUGAGAUGGAGAGGAGCUGGAGCGACGAGCCGUUGAUAAAGGCGGCUUUUGAGAAGUUCAGUGGGAGGUUGAAGGUGUUGGAAGGUAUUAUUGAUGAGAGGAAUGCUAAUGAAGAGCUGAAGAAUAGGAGUGGGGCUGGGGUUUUGCCUUAUGAGCUUUUGAAGCCUCAUUCUAAGCCUGGAGUUACAGGGCAGGGAGUUCCCAACAGCAUAUCCAUCUGAUUUCUUCUUUUUCUUCUUCACUAUCUUGCAAUGGCGGAUACAUGAUGCUUUAGGGAUGUCCCGGGACACCCCUAAAUUUUGGGAACACGAUUAUCCAACUCCUAGUAGUAGUUUCGUAUGGAUAAACAAAAUAUAACUGGUAAUUUGGGACACCACUAAAAUUUUAAUAAACGAUUAUCUUACCCUCGAUAGUAGUUUGCGUAUAAUUAAAAAAAUAUAAGUGGCACUCUGUGUUAUUCAAAUCUAGGACACUCCUAUUAAUAAACAUCUUCUCCAUUAGGUUAUAACUCAUUUGUUGUUCGAUUUUAAAUGCUAUGUAAUGGUAAAAACACGAUUUCUUAUCGCCAGGAGUGCCCCUAAUUUGAAUUGAUUUUAUGGUUACACUACAAGUGUUGAAACAGUCUUUUCAACUUUGAAUUACAUCAUGAUAUGUAAUGGUAAAAACACGAUUUCUUAUCGCCAGGGGUGCCCCUAAUUUGAAUUGAUUUUAUGGUUACACUACAAGUGUUGAAACAGUCUUUUCAACUUUGAAUUACAUCAUGAACAAGGUUAGAAAUAGAAUACGCGAUUUAGUAGGAUAUACCGAUUUGUUGAGCAGUGUAGACACCAAAUCUAUCUUAUGUUUUUUUUUCGAAAUAUGAAAACACAUCGUGGUUUUUUGUCAACAUUUGUACUAAUUGGAUAUUUUAUUAUUUAUGUAUUAUUUAAUUUAAUUAUUUAAUUAUUAAUUUAAUUUUUGAAAGAUGACACCCCUACAAAAAAUUCCUGGAUCCGCCACUGCUAUCUUGUGUACCAAUUUAUCAGCACAGUGAAAAAUGUAGAAUAGUAUGGAGCAUAAAUCAUUGGAUAGGGAGGAAUAACGUAUCUAAAAUGCUCAAUGUAACACGACACGAUUCGAUUAAAAGAGCUGAACACAACUUCUUGAUCUGGAAGUCGUCACGAUCAAGCUCCGGUAUUUUAUUGUCUUCUUUCUUGUACACCUUAUUUAUAGGACACAUCACACAAUGAAGAAUAAUGAAUUGUGGAAUGG